CCCCGCCGGAAGUGGUUUGCGUUGCCACAGCUAGCUUGUAGCUCGGCUAAUAAUCGGCUCUCGGUGUUGUGGUGCUGGUUGUCAGUCGGAGAGAAGCGGGGCGAUGCUAGGCGUCUGACCGGGGCUCUGAAGGGACAGACUGGGGGUUUAAAAUCCGACCAGGUCGCUCUGGAACAAGGUCUGGGUGACUAGAACCAGAGAGCAAUAAUAACGAAAACCAUGGUGACCAAGAAGAUCCGGACGGAGUACAUGAAGAAGUUCAGGGAUCCCAGAUGGGAGACGUUUUCUAAAUGUUACGAGGACUCUCUGAAGUACCGCCUCACCCGGCGGGUGAUGGAGCACUCCCACAAGCCCUGGAUCUGGGAGGGCUGGGACAGCGGCUCAGAGUCCAGCGGCUGGUCUACGCCGAGGCUCAACAGGAACAAGAUCGCCCCUCUGUCCCUCCCACCGCCGCCCCCCAUGGAGGGGAAGCAGAGCCCGUCCAACCCCGGGCCGAAACCUCCUGCCGAGGAUGGAGAGACGGAGGAGGGAGUGGGGGAGGCACCGGUUGGAGAUGCUGCAGCGACCCCAGAGGUCGUAGAGAACGGCGUGAACGAAGCCAGCGGCGGUUCAGAGGACUCGACGAUAGACAGCGUCCCCGCUGACACCACGUCUUCUGACGGCGAGGCCGUGAACCCCGUACCGAAGCGACGUCACCGCCGCCGCACGCCUCGGUCGGAGCCGGGACGCCGGGACGGUUCCCACGACGACAAACCGCCCGUUGUCCGCAAACCAGCGAGAGCGAAGAGCACCCCGCCGAUCAUCGCCAAGGAGACGGAGAACCGGAGAACGCCCAGCCGAUUGGACUGGAACGACAGACAGACGGAGGUCAGACGGACGCCGAAUGACAGCAACACGUCGGACGCCUGCGUUCAGACCCGCCGGCAGUCCGGCAAGCGCGGCUCCGCCGUGGAGCGCCGGCGGGCUCGCUCCGCCGACCUGGAGAAGACGAGGCGGUCGCAGCUCACGGUGGCGGACGACCGCUGGAUGACGGAGUACAUGCGAUGUUUCUCCGCCCGGCUGAGGUAGAGACCGGACCCCCCCCCCCCCCCCCCCCCCCCCCCCCCCCCCCCCCCCAGAAAC